AGUUAUUUCAUUUGGUGCUCCUAUCACUAAAGUUAUUCAAUUAUUUAGUCUAUACAAUUAAAUCUAGAAUGGAAUGAAGACCAAACUUUAUGACUUUUAUCGAAGAGAAAUUUUGCAUAUGUAUGGCACUCAGCACAUAAUGACACUUGAAAAUUGUGAAAAAUAGGUUUAAUUGGAAAAAAACUUAAUGAUACUCAUAUAUGGGAAAAAAUUGAAAAACCUUUGUGUCAUUAAUGAAGAUAUGUUGAUCAUGAUGCUCCAGAAGAUAUUUUAUAUGUUUUUCUUGCGUUUGCUCCAAUAAUGUAUCUUUUACUUAUUAAUGAGAGUUCGAAUAUUUGCAAAAAACACAUGGGGCCCAUUGGUUUUGUAAGCCUUAAAAGAAUUACCUUGGAGAUCUUGUAAUACAAUAAAAUUUAAAUCAACUUAAAGGAGAAGAAGUUAAGGAAGAUCAAAAUUAAAUUUAUGUCAUCUACAUAGUAGGAGGGAUUACAUAUGGCGAAAUAGCAGCAAUACGUUGGUUAGGAUUGCGUUACAGUAAUUAAAUGAUCUAUUUCCUUAGAAAAAGAUAUUAAAAUUUGUACAACCCAUAUAAUCAAUGGAGAUAAAUUAGUUUAAGAGAUGA